AUGCGCAGGUACUUUUUUGCCAAAAAAUUCGAGGGUAUUCUGGAAGCUGUCGCCGCUCAAAAGGCCACCCGCCUGGUUGAAACCGCCAGAAAACAGCACAGGCCUUGGCCGCACCGGUUCAUUGCUUUCCUGCAAGGCAGACACAUAUCUGUUGAGGAUGAAGAUCAGGUGGAAGAAGGGGCAAAAAAGGGAGAUGGAAACGCCAUUCGAAAGCUGAGACCGGACAUGAUCCGCCGUAUGGACGAUGCACCCAAACUCGUCAAUCCUAGUGGUUGGGUCUCCGAGGGGCGAGCACCAUCUAUUCGUAAAGGCUCUGUCUCAAGCACUCGGUUGCAGCUGAAGACGAUUUCAAGCCCCUCGGAUCCAAACAGCGACUCAGAUGGUGACCGUGCUGAUUCUCAAAACCGCGAUAUAGUCAUUGACUUCGUUGAGCCCCCUCGAAGACCCAGACGCCUGUCUGAUCCUGGCCACCCCUCAAGGCCUAACUCUCCAACUUCUACGAAAAUGCAUAGAUUCGAAACGGUUGCAGAUGCCGCCCCUAGUCCUUCUGGUUCCCCUAAACGGUUUCCCCGCACACAGACCGUGGAGUUUGCUCCUCCUCCUAAACGUCCGGCUAGACUGGGACAAACCAUACCAGAAAAUAGCACAAUCCGUGAAGAACCUCAAGGGGCGAGCCGCCAUUUCUUCCAUACGUCAACUAUGCCGCAAUCGUUAAAUACCUAUCCGACUUCUCAUUCCCACCAUAGCAUACAUAGUCACCACACCAUUCACCCUGCAACCAGUCUCACUCGCGAUUUUGGAGGGUUCCCUUCUCUGUUUUCAAUCAUCAAGCAAAUUGUCAAACGUUUAUUCCCAACUCUGGAGCGCAAGCUAACACGGACUGUGACCAUUCCUGCAACUGUGUCAUUAACUCCUGGACUUCCUGGUUCAGAGCCUGGAAAAAAGCAAGUGCCGUAUAUUACUUUUGAAGCCGUUGUGGGGAGAAAUUCUGCGUUCCACCUAUUGACCAGUGAACAAUUGGAUGAAAUAGGUGGCGUGGAAUACCGUGCUUUGAACGCUUUGCUAUGGAUUGUUCCACUUUAUCACUUUGGCAUCCAACUCAUCGCAUUUACUGUCAUCGCUCCUUACAUUUCUGCCCAUAGAUGGGACUCAAUAUUUAAUGAGCAAAUCCGACCUCUUAAUCGAAUAUGUUGGUGCCUUAGCAAGUAUCUCCACAAUCCUGCAAUUGACAGCAUCCCAGUCGGUGUUCGAGUCUUGGCCGGCGUAAUGCAAGCAGCUGCUGUUCGGGCGGCAGGAUUUGCCAUUGUACCGCUCGCCGCUCUUGCUCCAGCUGUGAAAGUAUUAUCCUAUUGCCAUGAGGUGGGAAUUUUGUUUGAAGCUGGAAACAUUGCCUUCUUACUUUCACUCAUCAGCGUACGGUCCACGAAUGUUUACGAAGAACAAUCCCUUGGUGUUUUUAAUCCUCUUGAUCAUGACAUAGAAGAUGAACAAGAUUUUGUCGCUUCUGGCCCAAGAAUGAACGUGUGGAGCCGGUACCUUGCAAUGCACGCCCGAAAGCAGCUCGCGUUUGUAUUUGAACUUGUCUCCGCGUAUGGAACGGUUGGACUUAGUCUAGGGAUACCAGAUCAAAACUACUCCUUCGUUGGCGCAAUGCACACGUUAUCAAAACUUAUCAUCUGCAUUGUCAUGAUUCGUGGCCGCCAUCGUGGGCUUCCCGUCGCUAUUGAUCGUGCUAUCAUGCUUCCUUCCGAAUUUAAGAAAAACAAAGACGACGAUGAUAAAAAUAUUACAAACGUCGACAGCAGCACCGAUAGCCGACCUUUCGUGUAUUCAGAGACGAUGAAUAGCCGAGUUCCUCCCGACAUGCGGCAGAGGACACGACGAGGGUCCAGAAAGUGGAGUGUUGGCAGUGGACAGAUGGGAAAUAAGAACGACGACGAAGGGGAAGGAACCGCUCACAUCCCGGAUCAUGACAGUAAUAAACGCAGCAGUUAA